ACUUGGUCGUAAUCAGGGGAUCGUGUCGGACAACCAUUAUAACCAUUUCCUUUCCCAGUCGUCGAAAGAACAUCAAACCUCCACUCAAUUUCCAAACCCAAAAACCUAGCGAUCAGCUGAAUUAGUUAUGGAAUCCUAUAACUUUUUCAAGGGCUAUGGCAAAGUGAAUCCGCUUGAAGAUCAAAACCCUCACCAACAGGAAAGUACUGCAUCAAAACGCCGAAUCCUCAUCAUCGGCGUUUCAUCCAUCCUCUUUUUAACUCUAAUCCUCGGUCUAGCCCUUGCAGCAUUGAUCCAGGAGUCAAAUACCGAGCCAGACGAAUUCCCAUCUCUCUCUUCAUCAAACUCAGCUGAAUCAAUCAAAACAGUCUGUGACAUGACUCUGUAUCCAUCCUCCUGCUUCACCAGCAUAUCCUCUCUUAACAUCUCCACAAAACCUGACCCAGAAGCCAUCUUCAAGCUCUCUCUCAAAGUCUCCAUUACAGAGCUCAAAUACCUCUCUUCUCUAUUCACUAGUUUACAUGAUGUCAACUCUCAGGCUGCUAUGAGAGAUUGCGUGAGCCUGUUUGGUAAUUCCUUGGGUAAUCUCAACGAUUCUUUGUUGGCAAUGGAGGUUGGACCUGGAGAGAAGAUGUUGACUUUGGAAAAAGCGAACGACAUCCAGACAUGGAUCAGUGCUGCCAUGACAGAUCAAGAAACUUGCAUAGACGGUUUGGAGGAGAUGGAAUCGGUGUUACCUGAUGAGAUCAAGGCCAAGGUGGAGAGGUCUAAGGAUUUCUUGAGCAUUAGCUUGGCUAUCAUUGCUAAGAUGGAAGCCCUUCUUAAAAAAUUUGAUCUCAAAAUGCAUUGACUUUUUUUUCUGUGUGCUAAUUAAAUUUUACAUUGAAAUCAUGUAAUUGAAAGAUGAUAUAUAUGCAAAUAAUAGCUUGGCUAUCAUUGCUAAGAUGGAAGCUCUUCUUUAAAAAUUUGAUCUCAAAAUGCUUUGGCUUU